UACACAACUUCAAAAUUCAGCUGGUCUAUGUAAUGUACUAAAAAUCUUAUGUUAUUGAAAAAUUUGGGAUUUCGCACAAAAAUUAUAAACGGAAGUCCCCAAAAUCUACAGUCAAUUUUAAAAUUUUAAUAUUCAAAACAAACGUACGGAAAUGAGUCUUCACGUCACCUAUGACGAUAACGAAAUUAAUGAAUCUGCAGAGAAUGAAAAUCUACCGUUUUUUGUAGGCAGAAAUCUUGGUGGAAAACAAUCCUUUGAUUGCCCCUCAACUAAUGGCCACGUUAUAAAAACAAGACAAAAGUUUGUCAAUUUGGAAAAAAUGGCGGCAAAUUCAAAUCCAGUGGUCCAUUCAGUUAAACCUGAUCUGUUAGCAUUAAAACCUGGCAAGGUUACACACAUGCGUGCCCAUUUCAGUUCCAUUAACAACAGUGAAAUCACUUUUCCUCGAGAAUUUGAUUUCAAGGAGACGCGAAAUAAAAUAAAAAGUUUGUUGCACAGUCACUCUGAUGAAAGCCUUCCAAGAAAUGGUAUGGUACAACAGUUGGUUCGAAAUCUGGAAUGCAAUAUUAGGACUCCAGUAUUAGAAGGAAACCCACAUGACAUGUGCAUAAACCGAUCACAUGCAUGCGAUAAUGAGUCAACCGAAACUACGGAUGAUCUUGAAAUAAGGCAGUAUAACUGUUUAUGCGAGGGUAAGAAAACUCAGUGAGGACCCAGUUUGUGUCAAGAAAAAGACGAAUUUAUUUAACAAAUACGUUUAACAUCAACACUAGAAGUCCCAAGACUAAUAAAACUAAGAUAUGAAGUCUCUGGAGAAGUCGUGACACAGAUACGACAACACUCGAUGUUGUUUACUAAUAACAAUGAACUUAUCGGAACUCGUCACGUCCUUGUCUUAUUUUGUACAAACCCGUGAAUAUUUUGAACAUAAAAUAUAUCACAUGCCAACUAAAAUAUUUAACAAAUCCGUUUAGGAUCAAGACUAGAAA